UAAUUAAAUGCUAAAUAAAUUGCUUAAAAUGUCGUUUUUGUUUCGUCGCGUUACGACGGUUUCCACUUAUCAGAAUGCAGCAAAAGCCAUCACUCCGGUGGCUAACGAAACUUCCAGGCGUUUCAAGUCCUCCACAACUAACAGCGGAAGUGGAUCCGACGAUGCGGACGUCCAUGGCAAAACUCAGAAACUGAGAAAAGCCAAGACGCCGGUCGGCUGUCUGGACGAUAAAUGGGAGAGCAAAAAUGAAGAGAUGGAACCCAAAAUCGUCAACGAUCCUUAUUCUCCAUUUCCGGACGCGAAGAACCCACUUACGGGAGAGAUAGGGGGCCCAAGAGGUCCCGAGCCGACGAGGUACGGUGAUUGGGAGAGGAAGGGCAGGGUUAUCGACUUCUGAAUGAAGAGAGCGCUCUUUAAAUUUAAAUUUUCAAUUUUUUGUGUGAAUGGUCGAUUCAUGCUGUAAUUAAACACUUCAGUUUUUCUCAUUUUUUGAAGUUCCAUAUGUUGAAAUCACUGACAGAUGCGCAACACAAUUAUUAACAGUUCUGAAAUUUCUAAGUUAUUCGUUAAUUUAUUAACUGGGCUUUGUUUUUUUUCGGUGUUAUCUUUUAAUUAAAAUAAAUCGAAGUGAACGAAU